AACAUUGAACACUUUGCGCCUCAGCAAUAGAAAUGCCGAAUAGUGGUAAAGUAGGCCCAGACCCAGAAGUGACCCUAGAAAUCGACUCUGGUCCCAUUGGAGGUCGCAAAAGUAGCGAGAUUGGAGAUCUGGGUGACGCUUUCAAUUUCUUAUUCAUGGGUUCCAAUCAGGAUGGUUUGGAACUCCUGGAAGGAGUGUCCGAGGCUGAUACAAUUCCUUUGGAAUCAUUAGUUGAGGAUAAGCAGGACCACCUUCAAGUGCAGAAUGAUGUUCCACCCAAAGCUAAGCGAUCCAAACAACGAAAAAAGAGCGUGAUUACCUAUAAUUCCAGCCGAAGACCAAGUCUUGUAGAUGGGAUCCUGGAAGGCGAUCUUUUCAAUUUCCAAGACCAAGAGGCGGUUGCUACUGACAAGUCUCUGUAUCAGCUCUCUAGGGAAGGUGACUAUCGGACCAUUGCCAAUAUCCUUCAGAAGAUCCAAUACCGGAAUUCCAACAAGCUUCACAGAAUAGUGAAUCAGUUGGAUAAGAAUAAGAUAUCUGCCCUUCAUUAUGCCGCACGUUACGACCACUUGGACAUUGUUAAGCUUUUGGUGGGUUAUGGAGCUAAUGUUAACAACAAAGGAGAUGAUGGACUCACACCCUUGCAUUUUUGCGCCAGGUUCAAACUUGUGGACAGGAGUGCUCUUCCUACACCUCAUUUUCCAGAAACUGUCAAGGAUUUCAAUCAAUUUACAGAGAAGAUUGUUGGGCAUGCAAUAGAUGACGAAUUGAAGGCCAAGGUUGAGAACUCAGUCAUCUAUUACCUGGUCAUGAAAGGAGCACAUAUUAACGAGAAAGACAAAUAUGGCUUGACUCCGUUACAUUAUGCUGCUAUGCGAGGCAAUGAUGAGGCCACCAUAGAGCUCAUCAAGUGCACCAACCAAAUUGACAUUGAGUGUAAGGACGAACAACGCCUCACUCCUCUUCACUUAGCUUGCACUUAUGGUCAGGCAAAUACGGCUAAGAUCCUCUUGGAACAUGGGGCAAACAUUCUUAGUAUUGGGGAGAAGUAUCAGUCAGCUUUGCACAAGGCCGCUGCCAUUGGCAACCUUGAAUUGGUUGAAAUGCUUACAGCUGUGGCCAAAGCCACACUGAAUGAAACCGACAUCGAACAGGCAAAGAAAAACAGGGUUUAUUUUGAUCUAUUGUUGCAGAUGCUCAAAGAUGAAGACAAUGAUAACAAUACCCCUUUGCUUUUGGCCGUCGAAAGUGGAUCAGUGGAUAUUACGAGGCACCUUCUAGACUUUGGAGCCAAUGUCAACCAUUUUAACAAGGCUCGAGUGUACCCUCUGCAUUUGGCGUGUACUAUUGGUAGUUUAGAAAUAGUCAAAUUGCUUCUCCAUCGACAGGCAACUAUUAAUUGUAUCAACAGUAGCUACCAAACGCCCUUACUCGUUGCAUCAGCUUACAACCACGUGGGCAUUAUAGAGUACUUGUUGAAAAAGGGCGCGAAAAUUGAAAAACGAGACCGGGACAACUUCACGCCUUUGUUAUUGGCAGGGGCUGAGGGUAAUGCCGAAGCUGUAGAAGUUCUCUUGAAGCAUGGUGCUAACAUUUAUGCUCAAGAUAGAGAAGACAAAAGUAUUCUGUAUUGGGCAGCGGCACAAAAUCAUUACCAGGCCAUUGAGGUGUUGUUGAAAGACAAAAGAUCUCGGAAGCUCUUAGAUGCAUGUGACCGUUAUGAUAAUUCCCCAUUGCAUGCCAGUGCUAGGAAAGGCUACUUGGACAUCGUUAUCGCUCUAUUGGAGGCUGGUGGGGAUGUCGACAACAAAAAUGAGGACGAACAAACCCCUUUACAUUUGGCAGCCGCUGAGGGUCGAACCCGGAUUUGCAAGGAGAUCCUGAAGCGUGACAAAUUCGCGGUCAAUGACGAGGACUCCGAUUCGAACACUGCAUUGCAUCUGGCCUCAAUCCAUGGGCAUUCCAAAGUGGUGGCUGCCCUCAUUGAAUCCGGAGCUGAUAUUGAAGCCCGAAAUUAUUAUCUAUGGACACCCUUGGAUUGUGCCGCAGCAUAUGGGCAACCAAAAUGUGCCAAACUUCUUCUCGAUGCCAAUGCUCCCAUUGAUCCGAUGGACAAAAACAAGACCACGCCUCUGCAUUUAGCCGCCCGAUCGGGUCACGAGAAGACCGUUAAAUUACUCAUCGAAAGGGGAGCUUCCCUUGUUCAAACGAACAGUGAAGGUCAUAACGCCCUUACCAUGGCCAUUCUCCACGGAAAAAAGGAUGUGACCAGCGUGAUUAUCGACAGCAAGAACUGGAUCGAGGCCAUGAAGAGCGAUUACAUUUCCUUAGUGACAGGAGUCCGGGAAACGCCGUUGAGAUUGCUUAUCAAGCAAUUUCCGGAUCUAGCCAAACGUGUCUUUGACCGCUGUAUGAUUACCAACCUCCAAUCCGAAUCUCAACAAGUUGAGAAAGAGCAAUUUGCCACUGUGUCCGGAGAUGAUCCAAGAUUCACUAUCACCUUCAACUAUGAACUCCUAGAUGAUGCUUAUGGCCUUUUGGAAGAUAACGAGGAUGAUCUCGUGUCCUUUAAGCUGGACAACGGCGAGCUUGCUCACCAAAUCCGGGAGUCUGAGUGGAUCAACAAUGAGAUCUGGGAUGAGAACCAUCGGCUUCUCCCAGAAGCUCAACCGUACUCGAAAUCAUCUACUAUCCUUAAGUUAAACCACCCACUGAUGAUCAUGGUGAAAGAGAAGCGAACCAGUCUUUUGGGACACCCAUUGUGCAUGGCAUUGGUCCGUCAUAAGUGGAACAGUUUUGGGCGCUAUGUCUAUUACCUCACUCUGAGCUUGUACUUGCUCUUUGUUGUAUUCCUCACGGACUUCAUCAUCAACACACCCGCUCCCUACAGUGCCUCUGAUCUUUUUGAGCGUAAAGGUCCUGGUUCCAAUUAUAACAGAUCCAUGAUCCUGAAAAUCCUGAACGAUAACUACAAUGGGGGAUUUGGUUCAGAAGCUGCGUGCAUCGCCCUUAGAGAUGAAGUCAAGAUCGAAAGAAGGUCAUUGGCUUUGGUGGGAAAAAUAGUGAUCUUGGCAUUGGCAGCUUUCCAUAUUUUGAAGGAAAUGUUCCAAUUGGCCCAGGUCCGAUUAUUGGACUCUUCAUUCACGUGGGCUCGGUUGACCUACAUUGGAGUGGAGAACGUGCUUGAAUGGGCUUGCUAUAUCACAGCCAUUUUAUUUGUUUGGGACUUCACGAGCUGCCACCAGGAAACGGGUCUACGAUACGAUUGGCAAUGGCAAGUGGGUGCCUUUUCCAUUACAAUGACUUGGUUAAACUUGUUGUCCAAUGUGAGGAAAUUUCCUUUCCUCGGGAUAUACGUGGUCAUGUUCACGGACGUGCUUCAGACCUUCCUUAAGUUCUCCAUCAUUUGCGCUUUGUUCAUUAUCGCCUUCUCUUUAGGCUUCCACGCCCUUUUGAUCGAACAGGAGAACUUUGGAAACGUAUGGGUGGCCAUGAUGAAGACCACCGUCAUGAUGAUUGGUGAAUUUGAGUUUGAUGAUCUCUUCUUCGACAAUAUUAGUAAUUCUGACGAGAACAAGGAACAUAUGGUACUUCCCUACCGUGAGGCCACAUUUCUCUUCUUCUUGGUGUUCAUGAUCAUCAUGUCGAUCAUCGUCAUGAACCUAUUGGUGGGUUUGGCCGUUGACGAUAUCAAAGCCGUUCAAGACAAUGCGGUUCUUCAAAGGCUGGCCAUGCAAGUGACCUUAAAUCUGGAUGUUGAGAAAAUCCUCCCUGAGUUCAUUCGAAGACGCUUCAUUGUCCGCCAAGAAGUAGUGUUGCCGAACCAGAAUAAAUCAAUAUUUGCCAAAAUCUUUCAUGAUGACAACACCCUCAAGCGGAUAGCCUUCACAGUCGUGGCCAAAGGAAAUGAGGACAAAAUGGAUCGAUUGUCCAGUCGUGUGGAAGACAUCAAUCAGAAAUUAAAAACCGUCAAGGAGGCCAAUAAGGAAAUUCGCUCAGAGGUCGGUCAAAUGAUCGCUGUCCUUCUAUCUAUGGCCAAGCAACUUGGCACAAAUACUGAGGAAUUGGAAAACGAAACCAUGCCAUCUUCACCGUUAUGAGCUGACGAGCAAUAUUGAGACAGAGCCCUAUCAAUGACAUCAUGAUUUCCAUCAGUCGUCAAAUUUUUGUUUAAUACCGUCUUGGGGUCCCUCUCAAAAUCAGAGAAAAACAGUUUCUUCUUCAGAUUCUCAGAGGAAUUAAGAAAGCAUUAAGCAUUCUAAAUCCAUGUACAACACAGUACAAAAUGGGAAUGAAUCAUAUGAGUUAUACUGAUAAAAAUCAUUAUCAUGAUAAAAGCACAAUCAUAAUAUAAGAGAAAGGCAGCAUAAUAUUUAUGAUGCAUUCCGAUAAAAAAAUUGAACAAGAUAUCUGAAAAUAGAAAAAUAAUUUAAAAUGGGAUAUCAAUAUAAAACGGAGAAAUUGCGACUAUUGGGGUUUGCAAGGACAACAGUUCGGUUCGUGUAGUCGUUCCUGAUCAACCGAUCCAUCCAAGUUAAGUGGAAUAACGCGAUGUCCACUUCUCCUAGAACUACCAUUGGUUGUCCUCAAGGAUCUGUCUUAUCCCCUUUACUUUUCCUACUUUACGUUGUCGUUCUCCCACUUUGGUUUCCGAAACAAUUUCGCAAAGGUCAAA